AUGGCCUCCAUGGUUCUCUUUGAAGCCAACGUUCUUUCUUUGUUGUCAGAAGUUAUGUCUGCCAUUUUCGCAGAGGUUAUGCAAGGGAAGCCGGAGUUCACAGACCACUUGACACAUAAAUUGAAGCAUCACCCAGGCCAAAUUGAAGCUGCAGCGAUAAUGGAAUACAUUUUAGAUGGAUCUGAUUAUGUUAAAGCUGCACAGAAGGUCCAUGAAAUGGACCCUUUGCAGAAACCUAAACAAGAUCGCUAUGCUCUGAGAACAUCGCCUCAAUGGCUAGGCCCACAAAUCGAAGUCAUCCGAUCAUCAACAAAAAUGAUCGAAAGAGAAAUCAACUCCGUCAACGACAAUCCUCUGAUCGACGUUUCCCGGAACAAGGCCUUACACGGUGGUAACUUCCAAGGAACCCCAAUCGGAGUUUCCAUGGACAACACUCGUUUGGCAAUUGCUGCGAUAGGGAAACUCAUGUUUGCCCAAUUCUCAGAGCUCGUAAAUGACUUCUACAACAACGGAUUACCCUCAAAUCUCUCCGGUGGCCGGAAUCCAAGUUUGGAUUACGGGUUCAAAGGUGCAGAAAUUGCAAUGGCUUCGUAUUGCUCGGAGCUCCAGUUUCUUGCUAACCCUGUCACUAACCAUGUCCAAAGCGCUGAACAACACAACCAAGACGUAAACUCUCUAGGGUUAAUCUCUUCCCGGAAAACUUCUGAAGCUGUUGACAUCUUAAAACUCAUGUCAUCUACAUACCUGGUGGCUCUAUGCCAAGCCAUAGAUUUACGCCAUUUGGAGGAGAACCUUAAAGCCACCGUGAAGAACACUGUGAGCCACGUAGCCAAGAAAGUCUUAACCAUGGGUGUCAAUGGUGAUCUCCAUCCUUCAAGAUUCUGCGAAAAGGACUUGCUAAGAGCCGUUGAUAGAGAAUACGUGUUUGCAUACAUAGACGACGCUUGCAGUGCCACCUACCCAUUGAUGCAGAAGCUCCGACAAGUUCUGGUUGACCACGCUUUAAACAAUGGCGAGAAGGAGAAAGAUGAAGGGACUUCAAUCUUCCAAAAGAUUGGGGUUUUCGAGGAGGAAUUAGAAGCCCUUUUGCCGAAGGAGGUGGAGAGUGUAAGAAGCGCAUACGAGAAUGGAAGCUUAGCAAUCCCUAACAGGAUCGAGGCUUGCAGGUCUUACCCAUUAUACAGGUUUGUGAGAGAAGAAUUGGGAACAGGAUAUUUGACAGGGGAGAAUGUUACUUCACCAGGGGAGGAGUUUGAUAAGGUGUUUACAGCGGUAUGCAAAGGGCUAGUGAUUGAUCCGUUGUUGGAGUGUCUUGAAGGCUGGAAUGGUUCUCCUCUUCCAAUUUGUUAA